AUGGCUCUACUACUCUAUUUAAUGUUCGGAUCGUGCCUUCGUCGACAUCAGAAAGCAUUUCUGGUGAAUGCAGUUGUGAUAGCGUUUCUAAUCGUCUACACUUUAGUUGGCGGCUAUAUUUUUCUGCAUUUUGAGCAUGACUAUGCUCAAUUUGUCAAACUAAACGACACAAUGACGAAAAAAACCUGUAUUGAGAAGCUCUUGUCAGGAGACGGUCAACUGCGUGUUUCACGAAAUGCGGACUUUGCACGAAUAAUUGCCGAACAGUGCCUAACCGAAGCACAAUCCGAUCCACGACUAGAAUGGUCAUUCAAAAGUGCAUCUCUCUAUGGAUUCGGAAUCCUUACAACACUGGGAUAUGGAAAGGUCGAACCACGAACACCAAAUGGACGAAUAUUCACAGUCAUAUACGGGUUCAUUGGGAUUCCUGUUACUGUCAUUCUUCUGACAAAUCUUGGACGUUAUCUGGAGCAAUUAACACAGAAAGUGAAAAGAAUUUGCACAAAGGGCGAUCCAGAUGAUGACACUAUCAGCGGCACCACUCUCUUCUUUAUCAUGAUUGCUUACCUGGUGCUGGGAGCACUUUUCAUACCGAUGUUACAUGGACAAAUCGACUUUUUCAACGGUAUCUAUUUUGCGUUCAUUUGCCUCACUGCAAUCGAGUACGGUGACCUUGUUCCGGACAAUAAUUGGUACAUUCCGAUCGUCAUCGCUUACGUCUGCAUUGGAUUGGCGAUCUCAACUAUUGCCUUGGACAUUGGAUCCUACUACGUUCGCAAAUUGCACUACAUUGGCCGAAAACUCAGAAAUAUAGCAAAUAUUCGCAUAUGGUUCGGCGCGAAAAAUUUACAAGUGAGAGAACUGAUCACGGCCGUCGGGCAAAACAUCGGAAUCAGCGAGAAUGUUAUGGCCGAUAUCGAUUUGGAGCAUCUGAUCCAUACUGCAAUUCAAGUGAAGAUGGGCAGAUUGCCACGAGUUCCACAAACUCAUAUGAUCGUCGAAGGAAUAUGGCCUCCAGAACUUGUUCCUCUUUUUAUGAAGGAUGGUCAAUUCCCUCUUUAUGUCGAUUCAGAAGACGACCUUUUAGAUAUGGUACCUAAAAAAACUGUAGUCCGAUUCCAGGACGACCUGAUCUCAGAAAACCGUGAUACUACCAGUGCGGAUACAUCAGUUAUGCACUCGUCGCGGUUGUCUCCUGUAAUUAACCACGAAAAAAAUAGACCAAAGACGUUUUCUCCGUCCUUAGCUGAGAGAGUGCCAUCUCGAUCCGGGUCCGAUGUUUCGCCAAGUCUUCAGGAUACCACCAUUGACACUAUUAUCAUGUCAUCCGAAUGA